GUGGUCUCGACCACAAACCAAUAACCCGAUCUUCUACAAUGGCAGAUGCGAAGCAAGAAAUGAACAAUGGAACAUCUCAGUCACGAUCAGUGCUGGCAAAACCUCGUCUUGGUGCUUUUGGGUCCUCUGGGUUUGGAGCUAGUACUUUUGGGUCCAUACUACGUCCAUCCCAGCUGAAACCUGGCAGCAAUCCAUUCCUUAAAGUCACUGAGACAGAAGAAGCUGAAAAGAAAGCAAAAGCUGACAAUGAAACUGAAAAACCUAAAGGAGAAGAAAGACUUACUGAAACCAAGGAAGAUGCCCCAAAAUUUGUACCUCUCGGUGCCGCAAGCAGUGCUCCUAGAACCUCCACACAAGUCCCGGCACCCGCACAGCCUGCUUCUGGGACAUCAGGGUUUGUCUUUGGACAGAAUUUAAGUGAGCGAGUUGUUAUUCAAGACAGUGUUAAUAACGGUGAUGCUGGGCCAUCAGAGCACAGUAUGAAGAAUGGUACGUCGGAGCUGUUGUUCACAAGCGCAGCUGCAUCUGUUAAGGAAAAUAGUCAGGAGUCGGCGGGGGGCAGCACUAGCGCCAGCGGCGCGGGGCUGGCGGCGGCGGCCGCGGAGUACGAGCGUGCGCAGGCGCGCCCGCCGCCGCCCGCCGUCACCACCACCACGGGCGAGGAGGACGAGAUCAACGUGCUGCAGCUAUCGUGCCGCUUGUUCGCCUGGGAGGCGGGCAGCUGGCGCGAGCGCGGGCGCGGCGUGCUGCGGCUCAACGACGCGGCGGCCGGCGCAGACGCCUCGCGGCUCGUGGCCAGGGUGGCCGGAUCGCUGCGCGUGGUGCUAAACACCAAGAUCUGGCCGGACAUGGUGGCGGAGCGCGCGGGCAGCAAGUCGCUGCGCAUCACCGCCACCGACACACAGCACCAGGUCAAACUCUUCCUCGUCAUGGGUAACCCCGGCGACAUUGUCCAGCUUCACCGCGCCGUGCUAGCGCGCAUCUCCCUCAGCAAGCGCGCGGGCGACGCGGCCUCCCGCCUCCGCGACGCGCACGAGACUGGCGAGUGCCACGCGCACGAGCACCGGCUCCACGCCCCGCCCCUCGCCGACGACGAGCAGGACACACAUACUGAAGACAAGGAUGGCGACUCAGAAAGCAAAGACGACGUAACGGAAGACAAGGAAGGUGAUGCGGAAGACAAGGAUAGCAAUCCGCUCAAGAGAAAAGAACCGGUAGGCGACGAAACGUCCCCUAAGAGACAGUGCCCCGAAAUUCUAAUAGACUGAUCCGGCCCGCGGUACGCGCGGUGCCAAGUGACAGACACAGCCUUGCAGCUCUGAGUUCAUAGAACGUAGG